GGUACGUAUCAGCUGUUCGGUGACAGUUUGCCAGCCGUGAGAGUAGAGUGUUGAGGUUUAUUGUUUGGGAAGCAAUAUGGCUAUCUGGUGAUUAGUAACAGUGCGAUACUUAGACAAAGGAGCAACGCAGUUCUCAUGAUAUUUGGAGACGCGUUAUAUGCUCUAUUCUAGUUUAAUUUAAAGUAAGGGAACCAAGGGAAUCGGUAGAAUGUUGGAACUCGAGGUGGUGCCCGAAAGAUCCCUCGGCUGCGAGCAGUGGGAAUUUAUUUUAGGUAUGCAUUUUUCCCAAUCCGUGUCAAUAAUACAAUCCCAAGUGGGCAUUAUAAGAGGAGUACAAGUACUUUAUAGUGAUAGUAAUCCUUUAGAUGUAGAUUUAGUAAUAAACUUACCUCAUGAUGGAGUUCGACUUAUAUUUGACCCAGUGGUGCAAAGGCUUAAAAUAAUUGAGAUUUAUAAUAUGAAGUUAGUUAAACUUAAGUACUGUGGCUUGCCAUUUAAUUCACCAGAAGUUUUGCCGUCUAUUGAACAGAUUGAACAUUCAUUUGGAGCAACUCAUCCUGGUGUUUAUGACAGUGACAAACAAGUAUUUGUGUUAAAUUUCCGGGGAUUAUCGUUUUACUUCCCUAUUGACUCAAAGUUUCAACCUGGAUAUGCACAUGGACUAGGAUCAUUGCAAUUUCCAAAUGGAACUUCUCCCCUUGUAGCAAAAACGGCCAUUUAUGUUGGUAACAUGGGUGCUGGAGGUGGAAGCGAUGAACACAAUUUAAAAGCACCACCACCCCCUCUACCACUCGUCUGCUAUCAUAACAAUUUGUAUUUAGAAAAAGCAGAUGUCAUGAGGGAUAAAAUGCGUACACGAGGUCUGAGAUUACACCUUUUCACAGAAGGUAGCUCUGUAACAAGGGUUUUACUGGAGCCGAAAAAACGCUGCUUAACCAAAGAGGUAUUAUUUGGUGACACUUGUGAAGAUGUGCUGAGUGCUUUGGGAGCACCAUCUCGAGUGUUUUUCAAAGCAGAGGAUAAGAUGCGCAUACAUAGUCCUCACGCACACAAACGCGAUAAAAUAAGACGGUCGGAUUUCUUCUAUAAUUAUUUUACUUUAGGAUUGGAUGUUUUAUUUGAUGCCAAAACACAAUGUGUUAAGAAGUUUGUUUUACACACAAAUUAUCCAGGGCAUUAUAAUUUUAAUAUGUAUCAUCGUUGCGAGUUUUCUUUAACUCUUCCACCAGAAAAUAAUUCCACUGAAUCGGGAAAGCUCAUAGACGUUUCCCCUUCUCCCGUUACGAUCACUGCCUAUACGAAAUGGGAUAGAAUAAGCGAGCAGUUGAAGGCUAGUGCACGGCCAGUAGUAUUGAACCGUGCUUCCUCGACGAAUACAACAAAUCCAUUUGGAUGUACAUUUUGUUAUGGUAUACGCGAUGCAAUCGUUGAAGUAAUGGCGAAUCAACAUAUCGCAAGUGUAACUUUAUAUAGAGCGGUGUGACGUUGACAAUUUAUACAAUAUGGUGCAUUAUAAAACGCUCUUUGAGGAGCAACUGAUAAA